AUAGCGACCACCGUCACACGAUGAGCUACAGACUGGUAGCUAGAGCGGGAGGGCUCAUAACAAGGAGCUAUAAUGGAGAUCCCGGUCCGUCGACAUUGGCGAGGUGGCGUCAGGAGAGUCAGCGAACGUUCGGCUCGACACCUGGUCACUUGCUCGGUCAACAGCAGAGACCGCGCACUGUCGACAGGCAACCUGUAGCAGGGGACGGCGGUGCCCGACAGAGACCGUUCAAUCCACGUCUCAACCAUGCUUCUCAAUCUCGUGACGGUCCACCUCGGCGUAUGGCUCCUUUUCGCCAUUCGAUCGCGACACGGCGACCACCCUCUGCAAAUCGUAUACCUGGUUAUACCGGACCUCUGACAAAACGUAAUGAGCCUGGUCUACGACACGAGGAUGCACCGUCCUUCAUCCUCUCUCAACAGAUUAAGGAGCUUAUCCGACGGAAUCCUUUCCCUAUGAAGCCUAAAGUGAUCAGCCAAGCUGUGAUGCUUGUCCGUCAAGCGCCCAUGCAUUAUCACAAUAAUGUGGUAUGGAAUCAGAUCAUCCAUCUCUUGGGUCGAGAACGCAAGCUUGAAGGCAUGUGGAAGACCUUUAAUGAUAUGAAGAAAAGGGGGAUCAAACCCUCCACGAGAACGUUCGCAAUACUUAUAAACGCCUAUACCCGUAUUCAACACGACGGGAUCCAAACGACAUUCUCUCCUCAGACAUCACCUCCCAAGCGUCAGAUCGAACGUGUCAUCGAAAUUUACAACCAAUCGCAGAAUCACAUCAGCGAGCACGUAGCCCAAUUGCAACCUGGAACCACCGAUUACUUAGAGAUCGAUUUGGCCCCAACCAAUGCCUACCUCAAGUAUCUGUCAAAGUACAGUCUAUGGUCCCAAAUUGAGCGGGUCAGAUUGAACAUGGACGACAAAGGACCUCUGGCACCGGAUGCCGUGACUUAUACGAUCCUAUUCAAUGGUUUGUUGGAUCGAUUUGCACUCGCCAAUGAGAAGCGAUACACCGAGGUCGAAGGUGGAAAUUCACAAUUCACUCGGACUCAGUUAGGAGAGAAAGCACGCGCCCUGUGGGACAAAGCUCUUCGCCAAUUCGGGGCCGGCGAGAAAAAUAUGGACGAAGAGAUGGCUCUGGCAGCGAUGCAGUGUCUUCUUGCUGGAAGGUCGAGCGACGCGGAUCUUGCCCUUGAAGCGAUUCCCAGUCUCUGGGGCAUCAAUCUUUCAGACGCCCAACCCGCGUCUAUGAAGUCGAAGAAACCCAGCGUGCCCAAACUUCAACUUGACAUCCGGUGUGCCACGGCCAUUGUCAGUGCUUUGACUAAGAACAAGCAACGUGAAGCUGCAGCUGCCUAUUCCAAGUUCUUUGUGUAUCAUCGUCCGCUGGCCAAGACCAUCGACUAUGCCUUCCUUCGCGUGGCAAUCCUUGGACUGUCCGUCGGGAAGGAAACUGAAACCAUUCAACAUAUCCUCAACUCGUAUCAGCCUCCGACGGGUAGCGACUCGUGGCCCAUGUAUGUAUGGGAAGACGCGAUGAUUGGCUGUCACAACGCUGCGGACUUUGACUCCGCCAUCAAGGUCUUAAGACAGAUGGCUCACCUGCCGCUCGGCAUUGAAUUCGGGCGGAGAAACCAGCCAUACAAAUGGACACCCCCUAAUGGUCGAGAGACUGACGCCCAGGGCAAACGUUGGCACUAUCCGAAGUCCAUCUCUCCGAGCGCAAAAGUCGUUACCAUGUUCGUCGAGAGUGCCUUGGAUUCGCCUUAUGAGACUCGCGAAACAAACAUUCGACAGGCGUACAAUGUGCUCCUUGGAUUCAAUCUCGGGUCAUUACUGCGUGUACCCUCGACGGCAAUGCGUGGUCGAGACGAUAUCAAUUUGCUCAGUUCACCCGGUCUGGACGAAUUCAGCAAUCCCUCGGUUGUCCGGGCUGCUGAGUGGCCGCUCAAGUUGUCUGAGCAAAUCACUCGACUCUGCAGAGCCGUUCUGGCCAGUCAAACUACACCCGAUGCUAGUAUCGUCGAGCUGAGGGACAAGAUGGUGAAGGUCUCUGCGGAUUGGGGCCAGAUCCUGGGAACAGCGCCUAGAGGCAUCAAGACAGCUCGAGCCUUUUACGAGAAACUGAAGAAACCAGGCAGGACUGUGCCUGCGCUGGAAUCUGCGGCGUCCAAGAGGGAAAGUCCUGCGGCUCUUCGACGAGCUGCUCGUCGUGCUCCUCUUAGAGACGAUCACAAGAUCGGACAGUUGAACAAGGCAAUUGAUGAUGUCGGUCUUGGUGGUGCCAUGAGCGACAGCAUCGAUGCGGACGACCUGGAGGAGCAGGUCAAGGUAGAGUACAGGGGCGAGAGGCAGGAAGCACACGCAUAGCA